CGCGGCGCGCGCGCGUCGUGUUUGUUUACUCGAUUCCAACAUGGCGGCGGGAAGCGGGGAUGUGACGUCAGAGUCCCAGGGAUCGAGGACGCGCUAUUGUGCGGUCUAUGAUUGUACACAUAACCACAAGACGCACCCGCAGCUUGCUUACUUCGGGUUCCCGAGUGAUAAGGAAAGGAUUAAAGUAUGGGCGGAGAAGAUCCGGCGUCCCGACAUCAUCCAGAGCGACGGGCGCGUGUCGGGCUACUACCGCGUGUGCGAGGUGCACUUCAACCCGCGGCACGUGAACGCCCGGGGCAACCGGCAGCGGCGGCGCCUGCGCCAGCGCGCCGUGCCCGAGCUCAGGCUGCCGCAUCCCGGCCCUUACGUGCACGUCGCCGAUCUAGCCGUGCCCGGGCCCACACACUUGCAGGUAAAGGGCAAGACAUUGGUAAAAAGCACGCUAGAAGUUUGCGAGUACGUCGGUGAGGCGCCCAAACCGAAAACCAAGAAGAAGAAGACGGUCCCUCAACCGCCAAAGCUAGUCUCGCUGCCCGCACUCGAAGGGUUGUUCUCCGACUGCGACAGGCACCUCGCCCCGAACACGGCGGAGUUCGUCAAGCUCCGUAUCGUCUCCUGCAAACCUCGCUGGGACUCCCAUCCGUGCGCGCGCUACAUCGCCACUGCGCGCCGCAACUACCUGAUUUCAAUGCUGCUGUCGGUCUCCUAA